GCGGUACUUCCGCGAAGAAGAAGUGCAUCGUGCUGCGGUGUGAACAACUCGUCGCGUGUUUCGUGGUUUCGUCCAGGAAUUUUCGACAGAUCCUAAUCCUAGGCCACCCACGUCCGCCCAGGAACGGCUCUCGUGGAAUGAUGAAUGGAACGAUGGCCAUGGCACCAACGUCGCAAAACAGUGCAGAACCACCGGUGAAGAAGACCAAAGUCGAAGGAAAUGCUUCAGAGUUCUUACCAGGCCCUAUUUAUGAUCUCAAUCAAAUAGGUCAAGUUGUUGCUGGACCUGGCGCUAAAUAUCUGACACUGCCUGGAAUAUUAGGAGCUGGUCUACCGAAAAUUUCAUCCGAGCAACAAGACACUGUGAACAGGGCGAAGAAGUAUGCGAUGGAGCAAAGCAUUAAGAUGGUCCUCAUGAAGCAGACCUUGGCUCAUCAACAACAGCAAAUGGCUAGUCAACGGAAUCAGGUGCAAAGACAGCAGGCUCUCGCUCUCAUGUGCAGGGUUUAUGUGGGCAGCAUCAGUUUUGAAUUGAAAGAAGAUACAAUCAGGCAAGCUUUCUUGCCAUUCGGACCAAUCAAGUCCAUCAAUAUGUCUUGGGAUCCCGUUACGCAGAAACACAAGGGCUUCGCCUUUGUUGAAUACGAGAUACCCGAAGCCGCGCAACUUGCUUUGGAGCAAAUGAACGGUGUCAUGAUCGGUGGCCGCAACAUCAAGGUCGUAGGACGUCCAUCCAACAUGCCACAAGCACAAUCGGUGAUUGACGAGAUCACCGAGGAAAGUAAACAUUAUAAUCGCAUUUAUAUCGCAUCGAUACAUCAAGAUCUGACAGAAGAUGACAUCAAGUCAGUUUUCGAGGCAUUCGGGCCAAUCACGUAUUGCAAACUUGCACAAGGCAGUUCUCCACAUCGACAUAAGGGUUAUGGCUUCAUCGAGUAUGAGACAAUGCAGGCUGCUUUGGAAGCUAUCGCCUCCAUGAACUUGUUCGAUUUGGGUGGCCAGUAUCUGAGAGUAGGCAGAGCUAUAACACCACCGAACGCGCUCAUGGGACCACCUAGUGGUACCAGUAUGAUGCCAACCGCAGCCGCGGUGGCUGCAGCAGCUGCAACAGCAAAAAUUCAAGCAAUGGAUGCAGUUGCCAGUAAUGCCGUCGCGUUAGGUCUCACUAAACUUGGAGCUACUGCACCACCAAUCCUGAAUCAAACACUUCCUGUAGGUGUAGUACGACCUACUAUAGCGUCUGCAACAAUAAUGGCACCACCAACGGUAGCAACGGUAGCACCAGUGAUACCUCCACCUGGCAUAGCCAUACCGCAAACCUUAACGCGACCGCCCGCUAUUAUCCAACCGAUUCCUGGCCAACCGGUUGUCAUACCACCUCCCGCUGUUGUCGCGCCUACGAUUGUCGGCACGCCAGUUAUACCAGUUACAACCACCGCAAAUUCCGACAUUAUGAGGCGAGCGCAGGAACAAGCGGCUCAUCAAAAACAACAGGAAGAAUUACAGAAGAAACUCUUAGAAGAAACGGAACCGCAGACGUUGCAGCAGCAAGAGAAUAUGUCAAUCAAGGGCCAGAGCGCGCGUCAUCUCGUAAUGCAAAAGCUUAUGCGUAAAGUCGAAUCCCGAGUCGUUAUUUUAAGAAAUAUGGUAGCACCAGAGGAUGUGGACGAGACCCUACAGGAGGAAAUUCAGGACGAGUGCUCUAAGUUCGGUGUGGUUGUACGAGUUAUUAUUUAUAAAGAGAGACAGUCCGAGGACGACGAAAACGCGGAAGUAAUCGUAAAGAUAUUCGUCGAAUUCGCUGAAAUGAAUGAAGCAGAACGUGCAAGAGAUUCACUAAACGGUCGUUAUUUCGGCGGACGACUGGUUAAAGGAGAGCUAUAUGAUCAAGCUCUAUUUGAUAAUAGUGAUUUUUCUGGUUGAUGCAAACUGUUCUCAUUUGAUAUAUAUUAAGUUUUUGUCAAUUAAAUUCGUGUAAGAGACAAAAUUUAAUGUUGACUGAUAGCUUGAUCUUCAUUGUUUAAGCUACUAUUUAUAAUGAAAUCUUAGAGUCACGUGUUGAAGUCAAGAAGUCAAAAGUGCACGCGAUUCACGGCUCUAAUCACCAAUUUGUAGUGAUCCAAACGCUAAGUGUAGGAACUGCACAGCGCAAACAGAAAGCGAUUCAAAUUUAUCAAAUGUUGAUUUAGAAUGUUAUUCAUUUAAUUUUUCCCCCUCCCCCAUGUAAAACGGAUCUUUAUACCCUAUUUCGUACGUCAUUAGUUUCAUAUCACGGACCGCAAUUGCAAACUGGGUCAUAGUAUCUUGAAACAUUAAUAUUUCGUACAUCUAUCCAAUAUAUAGUACCUUUGUUAUAAUUUUGUCGAGAAUGAUUGUAUAUGAAAGCGAUAGAUCUUAAUUUACAUGUAUAGAAAAAGA